UGAAGACUUGAACUAUCCUUUGGUUCGCUUUUGCUCCUCUAUCACAUUCCAUUAUUCUCAAUAUCUCUGCACAAUCUCUCAGGCUACUCAACACUCAACAACACUCUGUAUAUAUAGUGACAAUUUCAGAAGCAUGGAAUCCGCCAAAACAAUGUUUAUUACAUCUCCACCCUUUCCUCCAAGAACUCUCCUUUCUUCUACCUCUUCGGCUUCAGUUCUGAUGCUUCAUGAACAAGCUGCACCUUUAGUUGCUUCUUGGUCUUCAAGUUUUGCUGCUCAGCAUUUUCCUACCUCUGUUCUCUCGCAAGAGCAGCGUGAUGAGUAUAAGCCUCUGCUUCACUUGUAUAAGGAAGAUAAGAACUCUCAGGUUACAUCAAAUACAAGAAAUGUGGAUACGGGCUUGGUCCGCGAUAAGGAUAGCAAUGAUAAUGCUGAUCAGUUAUUGCAUCACUUUAGGCAGCAGUUGCAACUCUGGUCACAUUUGCAAAAUGUAUUGAAAUCCUCAACAGGAGAAACUGCUGCUGCUUCAUCUCUGCAGCCCGAUAGAGUUGAUUCAGAUAGACCUGCAGAUGGUUUGCAAUUUGAUGCAGUAUCCCUCUCUAAGCAAGCUCUGUCGGCCGCAAAACAAGCAGCAUUAGUGGCUGAAGAGAUGAAAAUGAUUGAAGAUGACGAAGAUGAUGAUCCACUUCCUCUUGGUCUGGCUUCCACAAGCUUAGCUGACACUUCAAUUGGAAAGAAUAAAAUUGUGCGGUCAAGAAGGCUUCUAGAAAGGAGACUGAAGCAAAGAAAAGUUUCAAAGUCAAAAUUUCUUGAUGAAGAAAGUUAUCUUGCAAGAAAAUCAGACCUACAGGGAAGGCUACAAGUAGAAAAGAAGAUAAAGGAAGGAUUUGAUCAAAAUGAUCCCCUGCGCUUGUUCUUGUGGGGUCCUGAGACAAAGAAACUUUUGACCUCUGAAGAAGAGUCUCAAUUGUUCGUUCAGCUACAGGAUUUUCUGAGAUUAGAAGAAGUAAAGAUCAGGCUCCAAUCUCAAUUUGGACGGGAACCAACUUUGAUUGAAUGGGCUGAAGGUGUGGGUCUUAGCUGCCAUGCCCUGCAGACACAGAUCCAUCAUGGUAACAUAAUCAGAGAAAAGAUAAUUAAUGCCAAUUUACGGAUGGUUGUUCAUAUUGCUAAACAGUAUCAGGGUCGUGGUCUCAGUCUUCAGGACUUAUUGCAGGAGGGAAGUAUGGGACUUAUGAAGAGUGUUGAAAGGUUUAAACCACGAGUUGGUUGCCGGUUUGGUACCUAUGCAUACUGGUGGAUAAGGCAAACAAUUAGAAAGGCCAUAUUUCUACAUUCCAGGUCAAUCCGUCUGCCGGAGAGUUUAUAUACCCUUUUGGGCAAGGUCAUGGAAGCAAAGAAAUUAUUCAUUCAAGAAGGAAAUAUUCACCCCAGUAAAGAAGAAUUAGCAGAAAGGGUAGGAAUUACGGUAGAAAAGUUUGAAAAGUUGUUAUUUUCUGCAAGAAUACCAAUAUCAAUGCAGCAACCUGUGUGGGCAGACCAAGAUACAACUUACCAGGAAAUUACUGCAGAUAGUGCAAUUGAGAUCCCAGGCUUGAGUGUCGAAAAAGAGCUUAUGAGGAGGCACGUGCGCAACCUCCUAAGCAACUUAAGCCCAAAGGAGAAGAGGAUAGUCAGUCUAAGAUUUGGUAUCGAGGAUGGCCGCGAGAAAUCUCUGCAAGAAAUUGGAAACGUACUUGGUUUGACAAAGGAGAGGGUCCGACAGUUGGAGAGCCGAGCACUGAAGAAGCUCAAGCAGUGCCUUGAGUGCGAAGGACUUCAUGCAUAUGUGGACUUGAUUGUAUAGUGAUAGUAUAGUACUUGUGUAUACACCAAGGUUAUGCCAAUUCAUCUUACUUUGCUUUAAGUACAAAAGCAGUGACUAUUUGAAGGAAAAUCUUGACACUCAGCCAUGGUAAUUGAGGAUGGAACUGCAUGACCAACCAAAGAACUUGUACCGUUGUAAGAAAGAAAAUUCAAGUAAAAAAGAAAAGUAUGAAUAUGGUUGAUUUAUAUGCACACUCAGAUAAUUGGUGUUUGUUUUCAUUA